AAGGCGGGCGGGGGAGGAGGAGGAGGAAGAGAAAGAGCGACCGGGAGGAAGAGAGGCCGCGGAUCAAGAGGGCAACGCCCGCCACGAUCCCAGACUCGACCGGGACGCCUCCAAAGGGCAAUGCGCCUCACCCCUCCCGGUGCAGUCGCCGCCUCCUCCUCCUCCAUCGCGGCCGCGCGGAGGGUCAGGGCCCGCGUCCCGGCCCCAGGACCCCCGCGGCCAUCAUGGCCUUGCCCCUGGGAUUGCCCCGGGAGGUCUCCGCUGCGCUGUGCGUGGCCACGGCUCUCUGCUGCACCUUCUACCUGAGCGCGCUCGAGCCGCGGGCAGCGGGGAGUGCCGACCCCUCGCCACCUCCUCCUACUCUGCAGCAGCAGCACGAGCAGCAGCAGCAGCACGAGCAGCAGCAGCAGCACGAGCAGCAGCAGCAGCAGCACGAGCAGCAGCAGCACGAGCAGCACGAGCAGCAGCAGCACGAGCAGCAGCAGCACGAGCACGAGCAGAAAGAGCACAAGCAGGAUGAGCAGCAGCAGCAGCAGCGGCAUUCUCUCUCCGCUGCGUUGCUCCACGCCCUGCCUUUCCUGUCUCACCGGCCGCUCCUCGCCCUCUUGCUGCUGCUGCUGAUGGUGACCACGACGGUGGUGCUGGUGAACGUGCGGAACAAGCUGCUCUCCCUUCCGCGCGAGCGCGCGACGCCGCUGCUCGACAAGAAAACCGCGGCCGUGCAGGAGCCGGCGACACCACCGGGCAUCGGCGUCGGGAUCUGCGGGGUCUCGGCUCCCCUCGGCCCGGUCCCCUCGCCGCUCCUCGUCCUCCUGCACCGGCGGCGGCUGCGCGUCUCCGCGCACGCCGUGGCGCACGCCAAGUCGCACGUGGAACGCGUGGCGCGGGCCUUGCUGGACGCGGUGGCGUUGGUGGCGCGCCCCGACGGCUCCCACCGGGGUGACCCCUACGCGGGAGACCCUUGGGGACCCGCCCUCCGCGGGGACUUCGUGCCCGCGGGGUCCGGCUACGAGCAGCACGCCAUCGUGCGUCCGGACUCGUACGACCUCCUCAUUCCCCUGCGCGUUCCGGCGGUCGCGGGUUGCGUCCCCGCGCUCUGCGCUGCGCGGUUCACGCACCGCGCGCGCUGCGGAGAGGGGGCCCCGACCCCUCACGGGCACUGCCCUCUGCGGGCCCCGCUCGCCUGCAGGGCCCUCGCCGAGGGCUUCUGUUGCCCGGCCGGGGCCGCUCUGUGCCCCGAGCGCGUCCACGCGUGGUUCCGCGGCGCGGUGCUGCGCGCGGCGGGCGCGGUGCGAGCGCGUCUCGGCGCGGGGUGCGCGCUCGCGGUGAGCGCGCGCGAGUCCCGUGGCCGCGUCGUUGUGCGCAUCCUGCCCCGCGCGGACUUCGUGUGCUGCCGCCUGCCCCUGCGCGUCUGGAUGCUGCCCGCGCUGCCCCUCGCUGCUGCUGCUGCUGUUGCGGCCAGCGACGACGGCGGAGACAACGGCGGCGGCGUUGGGGCUGCGUUCCUGACGCCGCAGUGGGGAGAGGGUGAGACCCCGAGUCUAAACCCGGCCAUGACCCCCACCUCAACACGGACCCCAACUCAGAUCCCUACCCAGAGCGAGAACCAGACUCCAACCGAGACCCCAACUGCAACGCCGACUCUGACGCCGACGCAGACCCCGAAAGUGACCCAGACGCUGACCCCCACCUCAACUGCGACCCCAACCCCGAAUCUGACUCCAACCCAUGCAUCAACUUCAACCCAGACCCUAACUCAGACUCCCACCUCCACCCCGACAUCACCCCCCGAGUCCCCGUGCCCGGCACCGGCCUGGAGAGCCCUGUUCCCGGCGCACGAGCAGCGCCUCUUUGCUCGGCUCGCGGCGCUCGGCGGGCCCGGCUUGGGCCCCCAGGGCCCCUCGGAGCCCGGCGCGAGAGGCCCACCGUGCCACAUCACGUGCCUGCAGCUGCUCAAGGCCUUCAGGGACGUGACGGGAGCCGAGCUGCGCCACCGCGACCCCGCGGCGGCCGCGCUGUGGUUGCGCCUCCUCUGCACCUUCCACCUCAAGGCCGCGCUCUUCCACCUCAUCCUGGGCUCAUCCACGGGGCCCUGCGGCGCCAACGGCGGCGCGGCGGAGGAGCCCCCCGGCGGCAAUCCGGGGCCCUGCAGAGCCACGGCCGCGUCGACAUCACGGGGCCACCGGGGUCAGGAAUCGGGGUUCCCCGAAACGUGGGGGGAGGAGCGGCUCUCGCAGAGGCUGGGCGACCUCGUGACCUUCCUGCGGAGCUGCCUGGAUCGGGGGCAGCUUCCGCACCCGUUCCUGGGCAGCGCUGCCCUUGUCCCCGCCACCGCGUGGCAGCGCAGUCCCCAGCAGCCGGAGCGGCGCCCCGCAACGCGAGGAACCCGGCACCAGCAGCAGCACCAGCAGCAGCAGCAGCAGCACCAGCAGCAGCAGCUGGAGGCGAAUCUUCUGCAGGGCGUGCAGCCGGGAGAGCUGCGCUGGGUGAGCGCCCGUCUCGAGUUCUUCUGGAACACCGUGGGCGCUAUGGCGGAGCGCGAGGCGAGGGAGGAUGCGAGGGAGCGCGCGGAGCGCUGCCUCGCCGGGAGAUCGGCACCGCGCGAAGGUGCGGGGGACGGGGCGGGUAAAGACCCCGCGGGGUCGACGCGCAAGCGGCCUCCCACCAAGGGGACCCCUAACAACGGACCCCCCGACAAGGUGACCUCGACGAAGGGGACCGCUACCAAAGAACCCCUCGCCAAAGUGACCCCGACCAAGGGGACCCCUACCAAGGGACUUCCCCCAUAAAAGGGGGGCCCCUACCACAGGGGAAUCCAAUCAGGGACCACCGACCAAGAGGAUCGCCAAGGAAGCUGAUGUGGGUACGAGCACGGAGCGUUGGACAGCGGUGGUGUCGGGCCACGUGUAGACAAGCCGGGGGUACAAUCGCCCGUCAAGGCUAUACGGGGGAUCUUUGUCUUUGUCUGUAGUCACGCGUAUGCAGAGACAAAGGUGUCCCGGGUAACCUAUGUCAGGGUGUUGGGGCAAGUGCUGUUCUGUUGCGAGAACCAACUCAGGCGCGCACGUGGGAGGCUUUGCGGGGGUGUCGGAAACAAAACCCGAAAUUCGAUUCGCGCUCACGGCCAACAUCGGCGGCGAAUAUCUGAACCGUUUAGGGGCCUCCGCUAGAUAGACCCGACCCUAAACGAGUGCCGGGUGCGGUGUGUAAGCAUCGCCGCUGGGGAGACAAAGACGACCGUGCGUCACUGGUGUUGGUGGCCGUGGGCAGGAAUCGAACUCGGGUGGCCGGGUUUCGUAGCCACCGCUCCCCCCGCAUUAAUGCGCAACAAGGCAGACCCAUUGCAGCAGAUAAGUAACGAUGGCUGUGGUGCGCUGAUGAGACCUAACGCGGGCGAAACCCGAGAUGCAGCCGUCUCAUUGCUGUGGGGGAGACCGUGGGUUCACUCUCGACGCCGAUGAGUUCGGCGUGACGCUGCGGCUGGGUGCGCACAGCAUCGAGUGUGUAGAAGGCUCUCGGGCCUUGCCCAGACCACCAGCUCAACAGAGCUGAAUGCCACGCUUGGCCAAGUCGCCGUUGAGAACCACCGACUCGACAGAGUUGAGAACACGUGGUCGGCCCAUCGAACAUUCCUGGUUAUUUGUGUAGUACUGGAGUUUGGUGAUUGGUGCAGCGCUGGAGUUUGGUGAUUGGUGCAGUCGUAGUGUCUACACGACGUAAGGACGUUUACAAACAUUCCAGUGUAGCGGGGACCCUCCCGAGUUUCGAGACUCGGCUCUCAAUCGCAGCUGGGACAGGUCGUGCCGGAACACUGCUGCAGCGGCACACCUACACACACACACACCCACACACAGCCACACAUACCCCCCCACACACACCCCCACACACAACCACACACCCACACACACCCACACACACCCACACACACCCACACACACCCACACAUACCCACACACACACACCCACACACAGCCACACAUACCCCCACACACACACCCACACACAACCACACACCCACACACACACACCCACACACACCCACACACACCCACACAUACCUACACACACACACCCACACACACCCACACACCCACACAUACCUACACACACACCCACACACAACCACACACCCACACCCACACACACCUACACACACCCACACACAACCACACACCCACACACAACCACACACCCACACACCCACACACAACCACACACACACACAUACCUACACACACACCCACACACAACCACACACACACACCCACGUCGCCUCGUGUCGUCCUCAACACGGUUACAGGGUUACAUGGUUAUAGGGUUAGAUACAGUGUUAUUGGGUUCGGGUUACACUUUACAUACAGGGUUACAUGGUUAUAGGGUUAGAGGGAUGCAGAGCAUGCGCCACUCCUCCACGCUGUUAGAUGUGUUGUCGCGAAGAGGUGUGCAUACUCACACUUCACCCAGCACACGCGAUUGAAGUUUACCCAUUUAUCCUGCUGGGUGGAGAGAGACGUUGGGGGAGGGGGGGGGCAUUUGAGAAACUGGACCCCACUGUUUGCACUGCUGGGUACAACAAUGCAAAGAUGAUUGUGGACAGCCGUAUCUUGUACUCUCGUGGUAGUGCCUUACGCCGAUAAUAUAAUCCCUACUCCAAGGCCAGCCUCGCAGCGUUCCAGAAAAUAUGGAGAGAUAAAUGAAUGCCUGGUUAAGGCUCCAGAAAGACUUCUCGUUGAAUUUUACGUUUUUUUAUAAAUUUACGAUUAACAUUUUUGUAACGGUGCCACACAACACGGGCAGGGGAGUCAAGGAUGGACGAAU